AUGAUUUGCCUGCUGUUGUUGAGGAGAGCAAGUUGGUAUUUUGAGCGGGAUUUGGGAGAAAAUUAUGAAAAUUGAACAGUAAUGAAAGAAUGAGUAAUUUUUGAAUUUCUUAAAAUAAAAAAAAUUCUGCACUUUUUAUUCGUGCUCAUCAAUUAUUUUUUUUUAUUAAAUUCAGAUUCGCGAUUUUAUCGGAUCUGUACAAAAUCGAGAUUGAAAUUCGAUAAACCACAAUCCAUUUUCGAUUAUUUUUUCGCGCCAAAAUCUUAUCUCCACCUUUCGCCAUAAUAAAUUGUUCCAUGGCGCCAAAAUUGGACAUUUUUCCAUCGAUUUCAUCAAGAUUUGAAUCAGAUUUCAAUGUUUUUUCGAACAUCAAUCAAAUUUCGAACACACAUCGAUAAAGAUCAGCGAAUUGGUGAGGUAGUUCGCCAUUUUGUUUUGAUUGACACCUUAAUCAAUUAAUUAGUGAGUUCACUAAUUAACUAAUUAAUCAAAUCUACAGUAUCCUACAGUAGUCCUCCUCAAGUCUCGCAUAAUUUCGAUAAAAUUUCAUCAUUUUUUUUGGAAACGCCCUUGGAAAUUGGGAAGAAAAGAUUGAUUGAUUUUGAAUUGACAAAAAAAGUAGGUGACUAAAUUAAUUGACUUGUUCGAGAAAUGUUUUUUGUGUGGGUCAGGGAAAAUUUGAAGUUUUUCGAUUUCUACUGGAAAUUUCCAGUCAGAUCUGAAAUGUUUAAAAUUUAUAUUUGAGCUCAUUUUGUAGAAAUUUUCAAGAGCUCCCAGCGCCACCAAAAAUCCAAAAUCCAAUUUAUUUUCCAGAAAAUAUAUUCCGAAAAUCUUCCAGCCAUUUGUUUGGUUUGUCGCCUCAAAAUUGUCCAAUUUUUUUCGAUCCGGAAAUUCGAGAAGAAUUGAAAGGUACUGUAGACUUUGGGUUACUAAUUGUUAGUAAAAAUUUAAUUUUUUCAGGAAUUUCGGAGGCUUCAAAUUUACCAUUGGGCGAAAUUGUUGGACUGAAUAUUUUGUAUGAUAUUGCGGCUUUUGAUAGAAAACAGUGAGUUUUUCGGUAGGAACUUUGCCACGUCAUAAAUAUACAAUUUUGGCUGAGAUCCCCAAUUUUUUCGAACUUUCCAGCAUUUUUGGCCUUGGUUGCACAUCAAUAGUUGCUCAAAAUUCCGAUGGUGUAAUAUAUCAUGGUCGAAACUUGGAUUAUGAUAUGACAGGUCUUCUCAAAAAUAUCACAAUUUUUGUGGAUUUCAAGAAAAAUGGCCAGAUUUUGUAUUCUGGAAUCACUUUUGCAUUGUAUAAUGGACUUUUGACUGGACAAAAACCAGGAAAAUUUAGUGUCAGCUUAAAUGCGCGAUGUAAGAGGAUUUUUCGGGAUUUUUGGGAAAAUUUAAAAAGGAAAAAAAUUUAUCAAAUUGAUUUUUUUGCAGAUUCCGGUGCCUACAUCGACAAUAUUCUGAUGGAAUUUUAUACAAAAUUCCGUCGUCCAGUCAGUUUUUUCAUUCGCGAAACUUUGGAAAAUGCUGAAAAUUAUGAAAUUGCGGUUGAUCGACUAUCAAAAACUCAUCUAAUUUCACCAUCUUAUAUUAUCGUGGCUGGUGUCAACAAAAAUGAGGGAGUUGUGAUUUCGAGAAAUCGAUGGAAAGCAGCUGAUAUUUAUAAAUUGGAUACUUUUGGAAAGAAGAAUCAAUGGUAUUUGGUUGAGACGAAUUUUGAUCAUUGGAAAGGGGAUCAUGAUCCGAGAAGGUUGGAUUUUUGGGGAUGGAAAUACAUAACCACAAAAAAAUAUUCCAUUUUUUCAAAAUUUUAAAGUUAGUUUCAGAAUAGUUUAGGAUCAAUUUUUCAGUUUUAAUAUUCAAUUUGGAAAUUUUUUCAAACGUUUAUUUUUGACUGAAAUUCUUGAGGAUUUUCUACGAAAAAACCUUCGAUUUUUUUGUUUUACAAAAAUUUCGUUUGAAAAACUGGAAAUCUGGAUGUUGCGGAUUUUCUUGUUUGAAAAAUUACUCAGAAGCUAGAUUUCAAAUAAAUUUCAAAUCUCAUUUUGAAAUUUUACAUUUGAUUUCUUCAGAUUGACUGCUAUUUCGGAACUCAAAAAAAUUGGCUCCAAAAAUUUGAAUGCGGCCUCAAUGAUGAAUGUGCUCUCAACAGCUCCAGUCAGAAAUAAUAUGACUGUUUUCAGUACUGUUUUAUCGCCUGCAAAUCCCGAUUUCUUCUAUAUUUCUACAGUAGUUCGAUAG